GGGAUGAUGCUGCUGGGGAGCCCAGAUACAGGGUGCCCGGGUAGGGAUGCAGGUGUUCUGUGGUGCCCAGUGGGUCUUGGGGGCUCCCUGGGCAGCUGUAUGGCACGAGCAUCCAUAAAAACCCCUGGUGGUGGUUCCUGAGCUGUUUUGGAGUGCAAAGGUCUUGCUACCUGGGGCUGCUGGGGUUUGUCCCAUGCUGUCCCUCACCCAGGACCAAGCCUUGAGGGCUGGGCAUAGUUUUUCCCCCUUGGAGUGAGCAGUGCUUCCCCACGGGGAUGGCCCGAGCAGGGAAGCCCCCCAGCAGAGCCCCCCCUUAUCCCAGCCCACCUCAGCAGUUUGGUUCCCGGCCGCUGACUGACUCAUGAGCAAGCAGGGAGUGGCAGGACCUGCGUCGUGUCCCCACCCACGCGUGGGGUGUUGUGCAACCAGGUGACACUGUGCAACCAGAACCAGGUGUGGAUAGGGGGCUGGGGCGUGGCCCCUGUGGGGUCCCAGGUCAGGUGGCAGUGCUAACCCCCCCAGGUGGGUGUCAGAGCGCCUUGACUGGGUUCCUGGAGGUAGAGGAUGAGGUCUCUGCAGGUGGAGGAGGACCACAGUGCCCAAACCCACCAGGUCCAUGGGCAUUGGUAGUACCUGGUCCCCAGGAUGACCUCUUCUCCAGUGCUGGUGGCUUCAGAGAAGAGACCCUGUGAUUCACAGUGAGUCCCCUGGCUGCCCUGGCAUGGCCGUGGCUGAUGGUACCCAGCCACAAAACCUACAUACCAUGUGCACCCCACAGCUCCUCUUGAGUCUCCCAGCCCUCCCUGAGCAUGGGGACAGGGAGCUUGGCUGGUGCUGCUGUGGGCACAACCAUGCAUAGGUGCUUUGGGCUCUCCGUGCCUCAGUUUCCCCCAUCUAAAGUGCAGCUACGGUGGCAUGGCAGCCAGGUGAGACGGCUGUUAAUGAAGCGAAGGAGGAACAGCACCUCCACUAACUUAUUUUUCCUCCUUAAAUGUUUCCAGAGCUGGGUUAGACCCCAUGAAGAAGCAAACGUGUGUUUGCUGCAGUGGCCUCACUGUGUCCCUUUGCAUCUUUGCAUGGCCGGGUGUGCCUGGCUGCUGUCCCCUGUGGAAGGUGACUUACAACCCAGGGAAAAGGCCCAGCCCCAUCACCAAAGCGGGAACAACACCCCCAGCCAGGUUUGCGUGGGCGUUUGCCGCGAUGGCACAGAUAACCCCAGCACGCAGGCCCCCGCUGGCGGUGUUGGGAGGGGGACCGGGGCAGGGUUAACGCGGGACCCUGAGGUGGCAACAGAAGGUUGUUCCUUCCUUCUUCCUCCUUGGCAGCGAGCCCACCCCUGCCAGGGGUUAUCAGCGGUGCAGGGGAGCGUGGCAGGGACCCAGCAGCAGAUGUAGGGGGGUGGAUAGCAGAUGCAGGGCCCAGGGUUGACCUGCCCCUUCCAGAGCUGCUGGGAACCCCUACUCCCCACUUGCUGUCCCAGUGUCUUUGUGUGAAGUGACUUUGUAGCCUAUCGGGUGUUUGGGGACCCCAGCCUUGGGAUGUCAAUCAUGGGGUCAGCCUGGGAAAGGCAUUUAAGCCUUCCAUGGUAAAAUGGGCAUCCCCCAGCACGAGUGGGUCCCCAGAACUGGGACACAGCCACCUCUGUGUCAGGCUGUGAGGUCACGGACCCGUCAGUGCCCCAGGCAGGGCACGUGGCACCCUCGUCUCGGUGCCCGGGGGAGUGCUCACUGACGGAGCCACCCUGUUGCGUCGCUCCCCUGGGACAGGAGAGUCACAGCCCCAUUCCUGCCACCGAGGAAACACCAUGGAGUGCUGGGUCCAAUGGCUGCUCCGAAGCUGGGUGCUGUGGGGGCUGUGGGUGCUACAAGCAAAACCUGGGGUGACGAAAAAGCAGCCCCUUGCCCCUGCGCCAGCCCCAGCAGAGCCGGGCAGCGUCUCCCCUGUGGCCGACAGCACCAGCGCUGAGCUGCCUCUGGACCUGGGCAUGUGCCAGGUGUUCCUUGUCGCCGCAGCCACCCAACCGGAGCACCCCUCCGUCACCGACAGGAUCACCUCGGUGGGCAACCAUGGCUCAGGCAGCCUGGUGCAGCAGGUGGCGGCAAGACCACUGGCCCCAGCCAGGAGCAGUGGGGAGCAGAGGGGGGCUCCUAGCAUGGCAGCUCUCCCUACAGGUACAGCUACACAAGGCAGCCCCCAGGUAGGGGCAGGGGCUGGGGUCUCCUCUCUAGGUGCUGCCAGCCACCCUACCAGUGUCCCUCUGGCUUCCACCAAUGCUCGACACGGGCAGCUUCUGUCCUUCACACCAACGGGACAGGCAGUGGCUCUUGCCACGGGCAGUGACAGUGCUGGGCCAGCCACAGCCACAUUGUCACCAGCUCCAGGUGUCCCCACUGUAAUGAGGACAAGCAAAUCACCACCGAAAAGCAGCAGCGCUCCCAAGCCAGCUGUGGAAGUGUUUCUGGACAGCAUUUCUGGAGAGUCAGUCCUGGGAACAACUGACCCUAUGCAAGAGGGAACUAGGGCCAAGCUGCUGUUGGGUGCUGUCAGUGCACUGAGACAUGCUCCCCCAGCACCAAGUCUGUCCCCACCAGUGGGACAUGCCCCGCUUACUCAUCCAGUGCCAGGAAUACGAGCAUCUUCCUCAGUCGCUGACAAAUUGACUGAUGUCAACCAGCUAGUGGAGCUGAGCAGUGCUGUCACUGCAGAAGGGACACCAGAGACAGCAUGGACCACGGUACCAUCACUGCCCAAUGACGAGCACAACACAGGGCUGUCACCUCCCAGCAUCAGCAAGAGUUCUGCUGAGCAACAUGCAACCUCUGUGCUCCUGUUCCAGGAGGUCACACCAGGGUUGGAGGAGGCCACCUCACCUCCAUUCACAGCAACCAGCAUCUCCUGGGACAUUGGCAGCCCUGUGAAGCCAGCAGCAGCCUCAGCCAGCCCUGCCGCUGGCCUCCCCAGGAGUCCCACACACACAGCCACAGAGGGAGCCAGGAUAGCAACUUCACCUUCCGCAGACCCUCCAAGUGCAGCAUCAGCGAAGGUCACCUUUUCUUCUGCCACCAUUGGCACCAGUGAAGCUACAGAGCCAGGAAUAAUUGCCUUAUCCAGCACCAGCCACAAUGCCUUGCAGGAUCCCCCUAUGCCCCAUGCCCAGCUGCCUCCAGCCCUUCAUCCCCAGCUCCCUGCUGCUGUGCUGGGCACAGGAGAGACGCAUCCCCCCCGCCCCGGUGCAGCCCUUGGUGCUGCUGCAGAUGAGCUGCCUGGAGCCAAUGCUGUCACCCACCCUCAGGCCACCACACUAGCUCCAGAAACACCAGCUAUGGUGAUGGAUGUCACCGCUGCAGAGCAUGUCCCUACCACGUCAUUUGCAGCUCUGGGAAGUGCAGACACUGAGCUGGCGUCCAUCAGGAGUGAGCUCAGUGCCAGAGCCACAGCAGCCAAUGCUGCCCUGGAGACCAAGGCCACCCCAGUGAGGCUCAGCGUGGGGCUGUCCCACCACGCAGCUCCCAACAGUCCUGGUGAUCCCUUUCCAGGGUCUCUGCUCCUCCAAACCCCCUCAGCAGGCUCUGGGACCACCACAGCAGAGGCAGCUGCAGGCAGAUCCCCUCCAACCAGACCCAGCAUGACCGCGACCUUGUCUGUCACAAGCACUGGUGGAGCAAAGCAAGACAGGUCCCCUCAAGCCACUCCUGCACCAACAUCUUCCCUCAGUAGGUAUGGCAUCAGGACCAGGCCAGCUGUCUCCAUCGUUAGCAACACUCCAGUUAAUGAAGAAGGGAUGGGACCAGCAUCAGCAGCUGGUGGCAAUGCCACCACAAUGCUGUGGGAAAACAGUGUCACCCCGGCAGCACCUAAAGCAUCUCCCAGCCGCAGCCAGCCUGGUCCCACUGCAGGCUCAGCAUCCCUGGGAACUGGUGUCACCCCUGGACCUACACCAGCCUCACCACUCGGUGCUGGACCCCAACGUGGGGCAGCUCCAGGGACAGAGACGUGGUCACUCAGCACUGCACCAGGCAUGGGCAUGGCUGUACCAGGCACCCCAGGGGUACCCAGAACAACCACUGCCUCUGUGGCAUUGCGAGGAGAUGUGCCCCCUCUCCUGGAAGGCAGUCCCACUGCAGGGAUGGCUCCGCAGGUGUCCCCAUCCAGUGUCCCCCUGAAGACGGCAGCAGGAACGUCCUCACUGUCAGUGCCUACUCCACUGCCAGUGAUGGGUGCUUCAGGCGACCCCCACCCUGAUGGCAGCACUGUGGGGCAAGUGCUGGGGACGGUGUCCCCAGAGGUGAGCACAGAGGAGGACCCAGGUGCUAGUGCAGCUGCUGUCCUGGGGACCAGUGCAUCAGGGCCAGCUUCCAGCCGUGUGAUUGUCACCACUGGGUCAUCGCCAGAGCCUCCCACCCAUGGCACAGAUGGUCUCAAUACCAGUUCCCUGGUGGAUCUGCUUCUCCUGGCUCCCCGGCACAGUCGCUCAGCCCCAUCAUCCACACCUGACCCCAGCCCAUCACCAGCCAUAGCCAGCCCCCACCCCAGCACCAUGAGCAAGACACCUCAGCCAGCGACACCACUGCUCCCCAAAACCACGGCCUCACAGGGGAGUGGGGGCAGGUCUCCACCGGCAGGAGAUGGCAGCACCACACAGGCAGCUCUGGGCUCAACUCUGGUUGAAAACACAAGGGCAGGUGCCAUGACAGGUACCACCCACACCAGUGACACUGCUCCAGAGACAGCCCUAAUGGCGUCACCCCACACCACAGCGAGCGUCGCUGCUUGGCCAAGUGCAGCUGCUUCAGACCACAGUUACCGCACUGCUGAGCCCACUGUGGACAUGGACAUGGAUGUGGACAAGGACAUGGCUUCUCCCACCCUGGGGAACAGGGUUACAGGGCUGCUCCUGGGGUUGCCCACCCCUGUGGCUGGGCUUGCUGAGCCAGGCACCAGCGAUGCCACCAUGGUGACACGCUCUGCUCCGGGUAGCAAAAGCCCUGUGGCAGUGGCCAUCAUGGGCACAGUGUCACCCACAGCUACAGAGCUAGUUACAGCACGUUUCCCUGGCCUCACUCACAGCAACACUGAGCCAGACGUGAGCAUGUCCCCUUCUGUCCCUGAGAACACUCACCCAGUGGCGGUGGCGUCAUCUGUCGCUGAAGACGAGCCCUCAGCUGGGGUCUUCUCGCUGUCUGUUGGCCACAUAAAUGCAUGGGAUACUACAGCUGCAUCCCAGUCAGGUGCUGGGGGUACAACCACCCGAGGAGACAGCACCUCCUCUGAAAGAAGUGCUGAGGGUGCAGCACCCUCAGCCAGCACCAGCAACACCCAUGUGCCUGUCUACAAUGCUGCUGGCACAAGCCCAGCUACCGUGCCAGCUACUAGCAUGUCCCCCAGCAACACCAUCCUGCCAGCCACCUCUGCCAGUGGGGACACCUUCGUGGUGACUGGGACCGCCGCAGCCCUGCCGUCUGCCACAGCGGAGGCCAGCAGCACCAGCAGUGCCCUGUCCCCGGCUGUCACACGCAACAAGGUAGGUGGAGGCGAGCAACCUGUCCUAUCCCCAGCAGCACGUUCCCCCAGCAUGGAGACAACCACUGUGUCUUGGGAUGUCCUUGGUCCCAGCCCUGCCUUCGCAGUGGCCAGUUCACCCCUGCCCAGCCCACGCAGCCCAACAUGGGAGCCAGAAACAGCCAGUGUGGGCGCACGCAGUGUUGGUGUGACACAGGGGCUGGCAGCCACAUGGACCCACUCUGAGCCAGCAGCAGGCAGCACUGCUCCCAAGUCUGUCACCAGCCCUGUCAUGGGACAGGCAGCAAGCAUGUCCCCUCCCAGCACGUGGAUGAUGCUGGGGGUACCUGCCUGGGGGGAGAAAACAGCCAUUGCUGGAGGCAGCACUGCAGGCAGCACCACUGCUGUCACUGCAGGCAGCACCACUGCCAUCACUGCAGGCAGAAAUACAGCUAUUGCUGCAGGUAGCACUACGGCCAUGACUGCAGAGAGCACCACGGCCAUCACUGCAGGCAGAAAUAUAGCCAUUGCUGGGGGUAGCACCAUGGCCAUCGCUGCCAGCAGCACCACAGCCAUUGCUGCAGACAGUACUGAAGCCAUCAUCCCUUCAGGCAGCAGUACAGCCAUCCCUUCAGGCAGCAGUACAGCCAUCCCUUCAGGCAGCAGUCCAACCAUCACUUCAGGCAGCACCAGAGCCAUCACCGCAGACAGCACCAGAGCCAUCAGUACAGGCAGCACUUUUGACAUCGCUGCAGGCAGCAGUACAGGCAUCGCUACAGGCACCACUGCAGGUAGCACUGAAGCCAUCACUGCACGCAGCACCAGAACCAUUGCUGCAGGCAGCAAUGUGGCCAUCACACCGAGCAACGACAUGGCUGUGACUGCAGGCAGCACCACGGCCAUUGCUGCAGACAGCACUGAAGCCAUCACCACUGCAGGCAGCGCUAGAGCCGUCACUUCAGACAGCACCAGAGCCAUCACUGCAGACAGCACUGAAGCCAUCACCAGUGCAGGCAGCGCUAGAGCUGUCACUGCAGGCAGCAGUACAGCCAUCACUUCAGACAGCACCAGAGCCAUCACUUCAGACAGCACCAGAGCCAUCACUUCAGACAGCACCAGAGCGAUCACUGCAGACAGCACCACAGCCAUCACUGCAGAGAGCACCAGAGCCAUCAGUGCAGGCAGCACCAUGGCUGUCACUUCAGGCAGCACCAGAGCCAUCACUGCAGACAGCACCAGAGCCAUCAGUGCAGGCAGCACUUUUGACAUCGCUGCAGGCAGCAGUACAGGCAUCGCUACAGGCACCACUGCAGGUAGCACUGAAGCCAUCACUGCACGCAGCACCAGAACCAUUGCUGCAGGCAGCACUGUGGCCAUCACACCAAGCAAGGACAUGGGCAUGACUGCAGGCAGAACCACGGUCAUCACUGCAGGCAGCACCACGGCCAUCACACCAAGCAAUGCCCCUGCCAUCACUGCAGGCAGCACCAUGGCUGUCACUGCAGGCAGCACCACAGCCAUCACACCAAGCAAUGCCGCGUCCAUCAGUGCAGGCAACACCGUGGCUGUCACUGCAGGCAGCACCACGGCCAUCACACCAAGCAAUGCCACAGCCAUCACUGCAGGCAACACCGUGGCUGUCACUGCAGGCAGCACCAUGGCCAUCACACCAAGCAAUGCCGCGGCCAUCAGUGCAGGCAGCACCGUGGCUGUUGCACCCACAGCCACAGCGAGCCCAGCCGAGGAGGUGGGAGGUCUCCUGGCCCCAUCCACUGUGGCACUGGGGAGACCACCAGCCACCAUCAGUCCUGCCACUGCCCCUGCCUUUGGGACACAGAGGGGACCGGCUACAGAAGCAAGAACAUCUGUCCACACCACCACUGGCCACAGAAAUCCCACCUCUGAGCCCCAACCCACCCAAGGGCUUCUCAUGCCAGCAGCCUCACUCUACCCUUUCGGCAUGGAGGAAGGGGACCAAGAGUGCAUCCAGAGGACAGUGGAUUUUAACUCCCCUCUAUUCAAGCCAGACAUCGGGUUCCCCUUUGGGAAGUCACUGCGGGAUGCUCUUUACUUUACAGAUAACGGACAGAUCGUUUUCCCACCCACGGACAACUAUGUCCCCUCCAACCCCAACCCACCUCCCCAGGGCUUCAGAGGCCAGGAGGGUUUGCCGAUGGUGGCCGUCUUUUGGGACGAUGCGGAUUUCUCCCAGGGUGUCGGCACCACCUGGUACCAGCAGGAGUACUCCACACUCAGCUCUACCCGAGACCCCCUUGUCCGUGACGUGGAAGCAAAGAUUGAGAAAUACCUGAAAAUCCUCUACGUAGCAAAAUGGACCUUGAAGGUGACAUGGGAGAAGGCUCCAGCAUACCCCUCCCGGCUGGAUGACACACGGACAAACACCUACCAGGCAGUCCUCACAACGGAUGGGAACCGCUCUUUUGCCCUGCUGCUGUACCAGGACGGCAGGAUGCAGUGGGACUACACGGAGCUGGCUGCAGGCAACGUGCUGAUGGGCUUCUCCAGUGGCGAUGGCUAUGCCCAAAAUAAUGAGCUGAGUCAAGAGCCACGAGCUGUCAAGUACCGACCCGACCAGCACAGCAGCACCGGCACUGAUGUGCGUGGGCUGUGGAUAUACAGGCUGGACAAUCGUUCCCGGGUGAACUACAGGCUGAAGUGCCUGACAUGGCUGGACACACAGCCGGCACCAGACACAUGGAACAGCAAGCUGCCACCCUGUCCCUGCUCCGGGCCACAGGCAGAGCUGGACCCUCGCUACAGCCGGAGCAGAGGCCCAGCAGAUGCCUCCAUGAGGAUGCUGCGCACCACGUCCCCCAGCCCAGCCGGAGCCGGAGUGCGAUGUCUGUACCAAGAUGGGAGCUUGCUGGAAGGCUGGCAGGAGAGAGUCUGGAGCCUCCCCAUCCACCCCGGGGCUGAUGAGGAGCUGGAGGCGUUCGACUGGUGCUGCCGGCGCGUGGGGAAGCCCCUCUUCUGUGCCAGGUUUGCCGAGAAGAGACCAAAGGUCAACUGUGAGGGCUACAUGCCACCCACCCCUGCCAGUGCUUUUGGAGAUCCACACAUCACCACCCUGGAUGGGCUCAACUACACUUUCAACGGGCUUGGGGACUUUGUCCUGCUGGUGGCCAGUGACGCUCAGACAAGCUUUGUGCUGCAAGGGCGCACAGCCCAGACUGGCACAGCCCGGGCCACCGGCUUCGUGGCCUUCGCUGCCCAGUACGUCUCCACCACCACUGCAACAGUUGAGUGGACCUUGGGGAGUCAGGGUGACAUCCAAGUCCUCCUGAAUGAUGAAACCAUCUGGUUUUCCUACUCCCAAGACCUGGGUGCCGAUGUGUACUACAGCCCUGGUGUCCUGCUGGUCAAUGACUCCUCCAUCACAGCCAUCUUUGAUGGGGCCAUCAGCAUCUCCAUCUCAGCAGUCUCUGGGAUCCUCAGCAUGGUCUGCAGUCUGCCUGAUCGGUACCGCAACAGCACCAAGGGCCUCCUGGGUGUGUGGGACCAUGACCCCGCAGAUGACUUCCAGAUGCCAAAUGGUACCUCCAUCCCCGUGAACAGCAGCGAGGAGGAGAUCUACAGCUACGGGCUGACCUGGACUGUUGGAGAGCACAGCCUGUUUGCUCAGCCUCUGCCCUCACCGCUAACAAACUUCACACCCAUCUUCUUGUCCCAGCUGCGGCAGGAGAACGAAAGCCUGUACCAGCUGGCAGCCUUGCAGUGCCAUGGUAGCAGGGAGUGCAUCUAUGAUGCGCUGAGCACAGGGGACAUGGCACUGGGCCUGGCCACCCAGAGCCUCGCUGCCAAUUUCCAGCAGAAGAAGAUGGUACUCAAUGCCUUCCCUCCUGUCAUCAUCGGUGACACUUCACUCACAGCCUUCAGGGCAGAAAGGGUCAGGAGGCAGUACCGUGCCGUGGGGAUGGGUGCGCACUUCAUCCCCCACCUCUCUCCAGAUCUCAACAUAUCAGAGAGUGGCACCUUGACAUGGGAGCCCCACGAGAUGUCCCCGCUUACCGUCAACCUGGAAGCUGUUGGGUCCAACAACCUCUCUGCCCUUCUCCAGCUCCGCUUCACCCUUUGCAGCUGCAGCAGGAGCCAGGAGUGUGACUACAGCAACACCGUCACCCUCGGGGGGUCCUCCCUGCAGCUGGCAGCCUGCAGGUGUGAGGGCGGCUCCUCGGGUCCCUUCUGCCAGGACCCAGCAGACCCCUGUGCCCAGGGAUGCUUCCCUGGUGUGAGCUGCGACUUGCACGCUGGAUGUGGACCCUGCCCAGCCGGCCUGACCGGUGACGGACGGCACUGCUCAGGUGAGGAGAGCCCGCCAUGGCCACCGGGAGCCCAGAGUACUCACAGGACCCUGGCCAAGGUAUUUCUCCUGGUGCCAUGCUGCGUUGCCUUGGCAGAUAUCAAUGAGUGCACGCAGGGGACGGCAUGCCCAGGGAACUGCACCUGCACCAACACGGUGGGCAGCUACUCCUGCUCCUGCCCCGAUGGUGAGGAGGGUGAGGAUCUGGGCUGUGGCUCAGCCUGUGGGUCCCAAUCCUGUCCCGAGGGCUACUGCAGCAACGGGGGACGCUGCCACUUGCACCCCAUCACCUGCACCCCCACCUGCACCUGCCCCCCAGCCUUCACCGACCAGCACUGCCUGGUGGCAGGGGGGGAUUUUUGGCCGCUGCCCAGUGCAGAUCUCCCCCGGAGAAGUGUCCGGCUGCAGGUCAGAACGCUGCGAAAUGCCACUGCUGGGGAAGUCAACGGCACCGUCUCAGCCAUCCUGGGCUCCCUGGAGGUAAAGGCUUUCCAGAGCAACACCAACGUCACCCAGAUGACAGAGAGUGAUGGCUUCACCUUCGUGGUGGUGUCAGAGUUUGCCUAUGACAGCCGCGGCACUGUCAUCCAGUUCCUGAACAAGGACCUGCCGGGGGCCGUCACCAGUGCUUUCAACAGGCGGCGAGGGCGGCGGGAGGUGGGCACACUCCUCCUCUUCCAGCGUCUGCACCGGGACAACAUCACCGACCUGGUGAAGCUGACAGUGGCUGAGCUGAGGCCAUAUUUCCCCUGCGGUCUGUAUGGCUACAAAGGCUACCAGCUCCACUACGUGGCAACCACUGGCUUUGUCUGCCUCUCCCCUUGCAAGAUGGGCUAUUGCCAGCAUGGUAGCCACUGUCAGCACCUUCCUGAGGGACCCACAUGCAGCUGCCUCCCCUUCUCCAUCUUCUCCCCGUCUGGUACCCGGUGCGAGCAACUGGCCAUCAGCCUCUCCGCCUUCCUCGGCAUCUUGGUGGGAGCCCUGGUCCUGCUCUGUCUCCUCCUCACCACCGCCUGCCUGGCCUCACACCUCUGCCGCCGGCACCACCACUGGAACCGGGGGACCAAGGAGACCUUCUGGAGGUCACGGACCUUCUCUUCUCUGACGAUGGCAAGAGAGCGGACAGAGACCCCAUGCUCCCACUCCCUGGAAAGGUGUUGGGAACCACAGCUGCCAGCCAUUGACCCUUCAGUCCAGAUAAGGAUCCAGAGAGCCCACCUCAGGCCCCUGAACCAGCCCUCCCAGCAGCCCUAGAGCCACCCUGCCCGGUACCUCCGGGGUCACGGAGGAGCCGCUGCUGCCGACCCUACCACCCACUCCUGACAACGGCACCCGCGUGGAGGCAGAGGCAGCUGCCUUUUGGGGUCUGGUCUUCCUGGGAGGGUUCACUCUGCAGGAGGUGCUAUUUUUUUGGAAUGAAAAAUGUGGUUUUAUAUUAGAUGGCCAAAGCAAGAGGAUUUCAUGUUCUCCCAAGGACCUGCAGAGGUACUGGGAUAGUCCUUCAGUGUGUCUGCAUCGGGGUGUGCCCUAGUGCAGGGUAACUGGGCAUGACAGAGCCACCAACAGCAGAGUCGGGUGGGGAAACACAGCAAUUGUAACCCUUUAGGAGCAAAAUAGAAUAAACCAGAAAUUGUGGCAUGCUGCUGAGUAAUUUGCUUGCAACCCCUGGUGCCUGUGCCCUAACCCUAUUCCCUGUCACCACGCUCUCAAGUCUUUGCUAUGUGCUGGUCCCAUCCACAGGGCCAAAGAGAAGAUGAAUGCAGCUUUUUUUUGUUGCUCUGUCCCCUCAUCCCCUUGCAAAGCCCCAAGUCUCCCUCACUGCUCAGAUCGCACAGGUUGGGCUGUGGUCCCAAGGAAGGUGCGACAGACCCUGUCAGACCCCGGCUCCAGCCCCGCUGCCCCAGAGCCCGGCUCAGCCACAGCCCAAAACCUCACAUCCCCAGC